CACAUGCUACAACGUCAUGAUGUACUUAGUUACUGUAGUUGCAAGGCAUGAACCUUUCAUUCAAAGCUACAGAAGUCCCUCAUCGCGCAAUACCUCGGCUGCUGGCGUGCGACACUUUUAUUCUGACCGAAUUCAGAUGGAUCCACUCAGUCAUGGGAAUCCCAUACCUCAAGACUGCAAUUUCCUCCAUCAAUAAUUUCGUCUUUUUUUCUCCAAAGCUGAAAAGAUCUCUUCAAGGAGAGGAAAAUAUAACUAUCCGUAUAUAACGUAGGGAAUUACCAAAACGUUACAAAUGAAAUUGUCCUGUUGAUGUUCUUCCUUACGACCAGACAGUAGAAGUUCCACCAGGUGAGAAGAGUGAUGAACAUCCUGUUUCUUACUAUGGUUAUUUCAUACUUCAGCUGCAUGAAAGCCGCCCCCAUGAGAGACACCGCGGGCAUGCGGGGGCACCGGGCGGACGGCUACUUGGGGACCACAGCGACACAGAGCCCCGGCGCUCUGGAGAGAGCAGCCACGGGUGGACGCAGGGGGGCGGAGUCGCUCACAGACACGCUCGAACAGGUGAUCGAGGAGCUGCUGGAGGUGGAUGGGGAGGCCCAGUUGGUUGCAGGGGGGCCCGGCAGCGAGAGGCGGGGCGAUGCGGCGGCAGAAGCCAAAGACAGCGACUUGUACUCGUCGCGGGUGAUGAUCAGCAACCAAGUGCCUUUGGAACCACCGCUUCUCUUUCUCUUGGAGGAAUAUAAAGACUACCUAGACGCUGCCAACAUGUCCAUGAGGGUUCGGCGGCACUCUGACCCAGCGCGGCGCGGGGAGCUAAGCGUGUGUGACAGUAUCAGUCAGUGGGUGACCGCCGUGGAUAAAAAGACAGCCAUAGACAUGUCCGGGCAGACGGUCACAGUCUUGGAAAAAGUCCCGGUGCCCAACGGUCAGCUGAAGCAAUACUUUUACGAGACCAAAUGCAACCCCAUGGGAUACACAAAGGACGGCUGCCGGGGGAUAGACAAGCGGCACUACAACUCGCAAUGCCGGACAACCCAGUCGUUCGUGCGCGCGCUCACCAUGGAUAGCAAAAAAAAAAUCGGCUGGCGAUUCAUACGGAUAGACACUUCCUGUGUAUGCACAUUGACCAUUAAGAGGGGGAGAUAGUGAACGAAAUGUAUAGAUUUUAUUGAGUUGAAAAAGAAAAGAACAAAUAUCUAUUUGUAUAUAUACAUAACAGGGUAAAUUAUUCCAUCAAAAGAAAAUUUUAUGGACUGCAUGUAAAAAAAGAUGAAGUUUAUACAGUAAAAGUGAUAUUAAAGUCUAUUUAUUGAUCAUUUUCAUGACCUUGUAAAUGAUUAAAAAAAAUUCUAAUCAGUCAUCUGCGCACAAUUUAAAUUACUAUAUUACAUUCCUCAAGACAUUGUAGUUUGUUUACGUUGCCAAGAAUUUGGGGGAAAAAAAGGAAAAUGGAAAAGUGAGGAACAGUCAAAAAUAAUAAUAGUAAAUACUCUGCAUGCUGCUUCAGUUGUGAAUUAAAAAAACUGUCCAUUUCCGGGGAAAAGGGGACACAAUUCUAACCAAAACAUUCCGUUUACAUUUCCAACGGUAAAUGGUCUUUCCUUUCCUCAGUACUAUAUCUGUUUACUGCUCUAAAAUUUCUCAAAGGUAAUGUUCAAAUUACAUACUAUGUCAAGGUGCUGUUGUCAAAGCUUCGCUGUUUUAUUUUUUUAUCCCCACGUUGAGAAAAAAAAAAGAUAAAAAAAUAUAAAAUUUAUUCAUUGACAUAUGUUCUGGAUUAAUAUAAUUCAUUUUGUAUGUUGUGAAGUUGUUUGAAAUAUUAAAUUGAACUAUUUGAAGAAAUAAAAUGAUUAUAGACAAGUGAAAACAAAAGAAAUGUCAAUAAAGUUUGACCUUUCCAAUCAAAGGUAUGUAUUUAGGUAGACCUGCAACCCUGACUGGGAUACAGUAAGCAGUUGAAUAUUAAUAUUUAGGUUAGAGAAACAAACUUGUAGCCUGUCGUCUUUUCUCUGAACAUAAUUUUGACAAAGUAUUAGAAAUCAUAAUAAAAGUUAAACAUAUAUUUAUAUAUAGGGAAAUUUAUGCACCUAAUCAAAAUGCUUUCCAUUCCUGGUAGAGGUUUAUGACAUAAGAAUUGCAGUAACAAUUGAACUGGCAGCAAAUUUCCAUUACAAGAAGAUAAUUAAAACCAUAUUUUUAGUCCUAAAUCAAAGGUAGUUUGCAGUUAAUAUGUACGAGAGAUUUGUAUUUAAGGCCAGGAAUACAUUUGUACAGAUUUGAACUAUGAAGGACCGUUCUGUCUGAUCGAAAGGCGUAACAGUUAAUGUAAUUUCAUUGCCCUUAGGUUUCGAUAAUUGCCAGCUGAAGGGGAUUCACGUUGCAGCAAGUCAUUGGUAUUUAAGUGAAAAUGUAAGAUUACUCUUAAUGGAAACCGUUUUUCGGUUACAGUAAAGAAGACAUGGCACUAAAACAUCACUCUGUCUUAGAUCAUACAGCGCACACAAAGUAUGUGGGAAUCUGGACUGGCUCCAAGUACCUUUCAAGAUUGGUAAAUCAUUUGACAUUAGUGUGGAAAGCAGCCCCCAUGAACUUCCAGGUCUGGAAGAGUGGCAUGCUGCGGCCUUCAGUCAUGCACAUUAACAGAGUCAGGAACAGCUGUCAGAUUAAUACCUUUAAAAAAAAAACUGAGUACAAAGCAAAAGGAAUCAGGGGUAAAUGUGAUGAAGACCAAUGUCAUUGUUUGAUUUACAUCUCAAAUGUUUAAUGGCUUGCAAUGUUUUUUUUAAAAAACUAAAUUGAACUUCAUAUAAUUUUUACCUAAAAAAGAUCAGUAACAGUUUUAGGUGAGGCUACGGCUUAUUGCCUUGUGGGAUUGAGAAAUGUAAAUUCUGAUUUCUCACAAAGUGUCACUAGAGUCCUGGUUAUCAUUGUCAUAAAACUGUCUGAUGUCUUGAUUAUGAGGUCUCUGUCUUUGGUG